UUCCGAUUAAGAUUUUUUGCAACAGACUUUUGCUCUCACUUGGAUUGUGAUUUCAAAGGUGUCUUUUAUUCAAGUUUUAUCCAGAUGAACAGAUUAUUGUUUUCACUUAUGACUGAAUUUUCAGCUCAUCUGCUGUUGCUGUUGUCUCUGUUGUUCGUGUUACCAAUCGCUGAAUCCGUGACGCCACCACAAAUUGACCUCGCGCUGUUCCGAGAUGAAUGCCCUUGUUUGAGAACAUACGGAGAUGAGCCUAUUUUUGACUACUUCGCCUACGACCUGGACUCCUGUAAUGUCUACUGCAUUGGAUCACUGGAAUGCGAGGCUAUCAGCUACUGUUAUGAAACAAGAUCGUGCCGAGGUUAUGACAAGUAUGCAGUCGGCUUUGUUCCGGAAGCCAUCAGCAACUGGGACUGUCUCGGGAACCCGUCGGAGUCCGCAACCUCUGGAAGGAGGUGGUACUGGAUCAAGGAGGUGGAGGAUGGGGAGACGAUUGACUGUCAAGAUCUAUAUGAGAGGGGUGGAAGCACUCCGGCAGCUAACAGCUAUGAAUUGAUCACAGUGCGUGGCUAUCCUGUUCACGUGUACUGUGCGUGGCCAGAUGCAGAGAACACAGAAGCGAGGACCUUCUUGAAACUACGCACAGACGCCCCCUCCAGUUUCAGUGUAUGGGGAGGGGUCAAACCGGGCAUUAAAGCGGACAUAGAUUCAUGGUAUCCCUAUGGCAGAGCAAGACGGGACUAUCAGAAAGUGCGACUACGUGUUGACAAAUGUUUGUUGGCUGCAAAUAUUCAAGAUCUUUCUUAUACAACUCUAGCCAACUGGAGCGACAUAUCAGACAAAAAUAUUCAUGGCAUAUCAUAA